GAGAAGUUGAUGUGGACUGGUCCAUCUGUAAUAAAGACUUAGAGGCACAGAUCUCCAACUAUGCAAGUGUGAGGCAUUCCAGUAUGCGGUACUACACAGCUGAUAAAAAUGUUACCUGUAGAAAUUGUGGUAGAACGGGUCAUUUGUCCAAGAACUGUCCUACUCCAAAGAAAGUUCCACCUUGCUGCCUGUGCUCAGAAAGAGGUCAUCUACAAAACAAUUGCCCAGCACGUUUUUGCCUGAACUGCUGUUUGCCUGGCCACUAUUUCAGGGAAUGUCUGGAGAGAGCCUAUUGGAAUAAACACUGCAAUCGCUGUCAUAUGAAAGGUCAUUAUGCUGAUGCUUGCCCAGAAAUAUGGAGGCAGUAUCACCUAACAACUAAGCCAGGACCAAUCAAGGCAAGGAGUUCUCGCUUCAAGCCCUCUGCUUCAGCGUACUGCUACAACUGCUCCCAGAAAGGACAUUUUGGAUACGAGUGCUCGGAAAAGCGGAUGCAUGGAAGCAUGUUGCCUGCAUCUCCAUUUAUCUACUGCUACGAUGAUGAAUAUGAGGUGAAGAAAAGAGCAAACAGAUUAAAAAGAAAGGUUGCAGAACUACAGGAAGCCGGCCUUCUGCCAGAGCAGUCAGAGGCACCGUGGCAGGACGAAAAACAGGGGGGGCACAGCCAUAAGAAAAAGAGCAAGCCUGAGAAAGAAUAUGAGCAGCGUCACAAAGAUGGCAAGUGUCACAAAAAGAUGAAGAAGAGGUCCCAGGCAGAGAAAUACAGAGAAGAGAAACACAGAAGAGAUGUUGAAGUCAGCCACAACCUGGGGGAGGACUUCCCUAGAGGGUGUAAAAGGCAGGCGUGGAAGCGCAGCAAAAUCUAUCACAAGUCCAUAGUCCAGGCAUCCUCAGGCAGCAAGGCUGCCUAUGUGCAGGAGCAUCUGGAAAGUGCUAAAAGGAAGAAGAAAUGGAAGAAGCAGGAAGACACUAGUCCUGAUAUCGGUGAUAAUUUAUUCUUCAUAAAACAGAGGAGGAAGAAGUCCAAACGGAAGUCUUGGUGA